UCUUCAACCAUUGUGCCAAAGAUGCUGGCUAAUAUCAUAAACAAGGACAAAGCCAUCUCCUUCCUGGGGUGCAUGGUGCAAUUCUACUUGUUUUGCACAAGUGUGGUCUCUGAGUCCUUCCUACUGGCAGUGAUGGCCUAUGACCGCUUUUUGGCCAUCUGUAACCCACUGAUGUACAUGGUCACCAUGUCCCAAAAGCUCUGUGUGGAGCUAGUUUCUGGCUGCUACCUCUGCGGAACAGUGUGUUCUCUGGUUCACUUGUGCUUGGCUCUUGAGAUACCAUCCUAUAAAUCGAAUGUCAUUAACCACUUCUUUUGUGAUCUACCACCUAUCUUUUCUCUUGCCUGCUCUGAUGUGUUUAUUAAUGAACUCGUGGCAUUUAUUGUGCCCACUUUCAAUGAGAUCAUCACCAUCACGAUCAUCCUCAGCUCCUACUUGUUUAUUCUCAUCACCAUCCUGAGGAUGCGCUCGGCAGAGGGAAGGCACAAAGCUUUUUCCACCUGUGCCUCCCACCUCACAGCCAUCGUUGUCUUCCAUGGGACAAUCCUUUUCACUUAUUGCCGACUCAGUUCAGGCGAUGGUGGGGAUGCUGACAAAGUGGCCACAGUGUUCUACACUGUAGUCAUUCCCAUGCUGAACCCCCUGAUCUAUAGCCUGAGGAACAAGGAUGUGAAAAAAGCUCUAAGAAAAGUAGUGAGAUCCAAAUUACCUUCUCAGGACCUACGUUUUUAG